CCCUUUUCUCCUUUUUCUUUCUUCACUUGUAUACAUUUAUCGUAUCUAACCUUUUUACCUCUUAUAAUACGGUUUCUUUUUUAAAAAAAUUGAAUGGACAUUCAUUACUUGACUACUAUAUCAUCAAACAAUCAAAACAAUAAUUUUAUAUACAAUGUCAAUAAUAUCCGAAAGUACUCCCGUCUUACCCAGUAAGAGGUUUCAAUCGAAAGGUUAUACUCAUGAAUUCAAAUGGUUACUCAAGAAUGCCAUGCCCUUGGUAAUCAGCUAUUUAUUACAAAAUAGUUUACAAAGUGUCAGUAUUAUCAGCGCAGGACACUUGGGCGCCAAUGAGCUAUCAUCUGCCACUCUUGGUAGUAUGUUUGUUACUAUUACAGGUUUAUCUGUUGCAACUGGUGCUACCCUGUCUUUGGACACCCUAUGCUCCCAGUCUUUUACCAGCUCAGAUGACAAAACUAUUGUCGGGCUCCAUGUACAACGUUGUUUAGCUUUCAUGUCCAUCCUCUUUGUACCUAUCAUUGCACUUUGGUGGAACGCCGAAUACAUUUUUUUGCUCUUGCGCCAGGAUCCCAUUGUAGCAGAGUUGGCUGGUGAAUAUGUGCGCUGGAUGAUUUUAGCUGCUCCCGCUUUCGCUUUAUUCGAGUCCUUAAAAAAGAUGUUACAAGCUCAAGGCAUCUUCAAUGCACCUACCUUAGUAUUAUUUUUAGGUACCCCCCUUAAUCUGUUAUUGAAUUAUGUGCUCGUUUGGGUACCCGCUUUUUCACUUGGCUUUGCUGGUGCUCCCAUCGCAAGUUGUAUUGCAUACUGGGUUAUUGUAUUACUCAUGGCUUUGUAUAUCUAUCGUGUAGACGGAUACCAAGCUUGGCCCGCAUGGUCAACUCAGGCCGCUUUUAAUUUCAACCAUUGGGGACCUAUGGUCAAAUUGGCCAUACCUGGUAUUCUCUUGAUUUGUACUGAAACAUGGGCUUAUGAGAUUGUUGCGCUGGGUGCAAGUUGGAUCGAUACACCUAACCUCGGUGCUCAAAGUAUCAUUUUGACCUCAAUUACAGCCCUUUACACUCUUGCAUUUGGUGUUGGUAUCGCUUCUGCUAAUCGAGUCGGAAAUCUCUUGGGCGCACAAAGACCCAAACAAGCUCGUAUUGCCGCACGAACUGCAUUAGUGGUCGGUAUUGCCGUCGGUGCCUUAAAUUCGGGUACGCUUUUGGUCUUCCGUUCAAGCUGGGCUUACAUCUUUACAAGUGAUGCACAAGUAGUUCAAAUUGUGACAGAUAUAUUGCCAUUGGUGGCCUUAUUCGUAUUUGCUGAUAAUAUUGCCGGUGUUGCCGAUGGUGUAUUAAAUGGUAUGGGACGUCAACAUGUGGGAGCAUGGUGCAAUUUGGCUGCAUAUUACCUUUCCGCUUUACCCGUCGGAUUUUGGCUUUGUUUCCGUAAAGGAUGGGGACUUGAUGGUCUUUGGGCUGCGUUGGCCGUGUCCUUAAUUGUUGCUUGUCUUUUGACCGUGGUUUUACUUUUGAGCUCCAAUUGGAAAAAGGAGGCCCUCAAGGCCGAAGAAAGAUCAAAGGAGGAAGAAAAUAAUACCAGCAGUAGUGAAACCAGUAGAAGUAAUAGUCCUCUUCCCAUAUAAUGUUAUUUAAACUCAUUUUACCGCAUAAAUAUAUAUAUAUAUAUAUUCUUUUUCGUUUUGCAUCAUAAUCGCAUAUAAUAAUAAAUCCAUUAUUCUUAAAAAAUC